AUGGAGAUUUCGGGCGAUGAAGAUGAAGACACCGACAACCCCCUUUCGGAAUUUUUAUCAAAGAAGAGAAAGUAUAGUAGUUCGGAGUUCAUAACCUACGCAAGGCAACUAUCUGACGAACAAAUAAGGGACAUUAUCGGAUUGGAGAAAAAAAAACGUAAGAAAUCAGUAGAUAAAGGUCCAAGUAAUAACACUAACAUAUCACAAGAAUCAAUUCAAUCCAAUAAUGUGACAAAUCUACCUUCAUGUUCAAAAGUCCCCAACAAUUCAACAAGUCUACCUACAACCUCAAACGAUGCCAAUAAUUCCUUAAACUACAAAAAAAACACUUCUAACAUCAUGAAAAAAAUCCUACAAAAAGAAUACUUAAACCUAUUCUAUUUUUCAACUGAUAACUUCACUACAAGAACCCAAGUAGCUGACUUAUGGGAACAGGAACGUCCACAUAACAGUGACACAAUCAUUAAAACUACCAAAGGUUUCUUACUUAAAUCUGACUCCCCAAAGAUCAUUCUUACAAAUUUGUUAAAAAAACUUCAAACCAAUAAACAUAUCUCCAACUUUACUGAAACCAAACCUUAUAAAACAUCACCAAGAACCCCAAAUACUCCAUCAAUUUCUUACUCAUGCGUAAUAUCAAACGUUGAAAAAGAUAUUUCCGACAAUGAUAUCCUUGCCCAUCUUAAGCAACAAGAUUCUGCAAUCCAAUACUGUAAAAGAAUAAUCUCUAGGACUACUAAUCAACCAACACAUUUCAUAAGGCUAAUUACCAAAAAUUCCAUUUUAAACGAAAAGCUGCUUAAUGAAGGUUUGUUUUUUAAAUGCAGACAUUACGCAAUCUAUCCAAGUUCUCCCCCAACUCCAGCCCCACUGCCCUGCUCCAAAUGCUCACUAUUUACCCACACAACAGACAAAUGUUCCACCCCCAUAAAGUGUCUGAAAUGCAGUGAAAAUCAUCCCACCUUGAAAUGCACCUCUGAGCUGCCCCCUAAAUGCUUGAGCUGUAAUUCAACUGAGCACCAAGCUUGGUCCUUUCAAUGCCCCAACCGUCCCACCAAACCUAUUGAAGGUAUACCUAAUCUUCCGGUUAAAUCUUUAAAUAAAAAAUCAUCAAUGGUAGACAACGCAAAAAAAGAAGCCCGAGUUCAUUCCCACAUCACCAUUCAUGACCACAUUGUUAAUACAUUUCUUAGAAAGUUAAACAAAUCAAGCGCCACACCUCGCGAAGAUAUUAUCCAUAAACUUAAACAAAGAUUUGUCAAAGAAUUUAACAUCGAAACCACAAUAAGCUUUGUAGGUAAUAACUGGAUUUACAUCCUAAUGUUUGAUCUCGAUAUUGAUGACCAUAGCUCUCCCACUGAAGUAAUCCCUGGAAAAAAUAAUGGACAAGCUCGAGCUCAACUGUAA